AUGGAAAUUGUUGAAAGAGUUUACAAUAACGUCGUUGACACGUUCGCGGGCCUUGAUCCGCUCCACGUGAUCCGUCUUGUUGUGAUUGUCGGAGGUUACAUAAUGAUGCGGAACGUCGCGCAGAAGUAUCUUGCCAAGAAACAGCUAGAGCACAAAUUGAAGGAAAGCGAAGCUGCCAAGCAGAAUGGGCAGAGCGUGAACGAUUCAACUACUGAGCUCUUAGAUGCGGCUGAUGAAUCUGAUGCGACUUUCGGAUGGGGCAAAAAAACACGCAAGAGAGUUCAAAAACAACAGCAACUUCUCGAGGAGCGUCUUGAAGAACUCAAGAGAAUGCAAGGAGAACAGGACGAUGACAAGGACAUCGAAGAUCUUCUGGAGGAAUGA